AUGGCAAAGUUCGUACCCAGACAGAGAAAGCACAGGGUCCUGGCUCGCGAACGGGCCCAGGAGAAUGCCCGCCAUGAGGUCGAAGACACCAACCAGGAAAUCCUGCCGGCCGCGAAGAAAGACCUGGAGGAGAAGAAGGCGCGCAUGAAGGAGCAGCUGAAACAAGAUGGCGUCAAGAUGAGCGGCAAGAAGGCGAAGCGUCUCGAGAAAUAUAUCGACAACAAGCUCCGAAAAGACGAAAACCGAGAACUGCUUGCGAAGCUGGCCGAAAGAAAGAUUGACACGAGUCUCUUUUCGAGCAGUAGAUCUCUUGGGCAAGGUCGUGAAACGAAGAAGCAGGCCUUAACUCGUGCACUGAGAGAGCACCGAGCUGGGGUUGAUCCUACAUCUUCGGCAGAGAAUAUCAUUUUUGAGCAGCGGCCAGAGGUUGAUGAAGAUGAGAGGGACGACGAAAACGAUGCGAGUAUGUCGGAUGACGAACCUGCGCCUGCACCUGCGCCUGCACCGAAAAUUGAAACCGAGCCUAAAAAGGCUGCUGCUAAACCGACUGAGGAGGCGACAGCGGCAGCGGCAGCGGCAAUCCCUGUUGGAUCUGGUCUCAAACGAGCCCUCGAACUAGAUAACGAAGGCCGACCAGUCAUUCAGAAACGACAAAAGAGAGGAGGCCUAAAAUCAAAAAUUUCCCUCGUCGCGGAUCAACAACCAGCUUCAGAAGAAUCAGAGGAUGACGAUGAAUGGAAUGGGCUCAGCGGCGAUGAGAAAGACGAAGCCAGCGAGGACUCCGAAGACGAAUCUGACAAAGAUUCUGAAUAUAAUUCGAGCGAGGACUCCGAAGAAGAUAAAUCCGAAUCCGAAUCCGAAGAAGAAUCAAACGAAGACGAAGUCAUGGAUGAAGAACAAAAGAGCAAGAGGUCAUCUUCUUUCAAAGCAUGGGCCCAUCAGCAGAUAAAUGAGGCACAAGGAUACCAACCAGUAGACGCAGCUUCGUCUGUACUGGAGAUACCUAAACCAGAAAACUUCGUCCCCAGGGCUCCCGAACAAGACCCGCUACCGAUGGAAUUACAAGUCACCGAAAAAUCUUCAAGGAAAGUGUUUAGUGUAGGUGUUGUGCGAACACCUGAGAUUCAAGAGGCCCGAAUGAAGCUUCCGGUUGUUUCAGAAGAGCAGAGGCUCAUGGAAGCAAUCCACAACCAUGACAUUGUCGUAAUUUGCGGUUCUACCGGCUCGGGAAAGACUACGCAGGUACCUCAAUUCUUGUACGAAGCAGGCUAUGGGUCUCCAGACUCUCCAACGCCAGGAUUAAUAGGUGUGACUCAGCCUCGUAGGGUUGCUGCCGUCAGUAUGUCUAAGCGAGUGGCGGACGAGCUGGGCGAUCAUUCAAGCGCAGUGGCUUAUCAGAUCCGCUUUGAAGGCAACGUUGACGCAAAGACAGCCAUCAAGUUCAUGACUGACGGUGUGUUGAUUCAAGAAGUUGCGCAGGACAUCACUCUGCGAAAGUACUCGGCCAUUGUUAUUGACGAGGCCCAUGAGAGAAGCGUCAAUACCGAUAUCUUGAUUGGCAUGCUCAGUCGAGUGAUUAAGCUGAGGACCGAGCUGUCACAAGAGGACCCCACGAUCAAGCCUUUGAAACUCAUCAUCAUGUCUGCCACUCUACGGAUAGAAGAUAUGACCAUGAAUCCGACUCUCUUCCCUACACCACCGCCCGUUGUCGAAGUCGAAGGACGUCAGCAUCCGGUGACUAUUCAUUUCGCACGCCGCACUCACCCUGAUUACGUAGAAGAGGCAUUCAACAAGAUUAGCAGAGGCCAUAAAAAGCUGCCCCCUGGUGGAUUCUUGGUCUUUUUAACUGGCCGAAAUGAGAUACUGCAGCUAAGCAAAAAGUUAAAGGCAGCUUUUGGAGGACCAAGGUCAGCCGAAGGCCCCAAAGUGCAAAUAUCUGCGACUGAAGCACCGAUGGAAGUCGAAGACUUGGAAUUUGGCGAUGUUGAUACACAAGAUUUUGACGAUAUAGAUGGUAUCGAAUCUGAUGAUGAGGAAGAAGGAGAGGACGAAUUCAAGAUUGACGAAGAAGAUGAAGUCGUUCCUCUCAAGAUGCAGAUACUGCCCCUCUACUCAUUACUUCCCGUCAAAGAGCAGCUGAGAGUAUUUGAAGACGUUCCGGAAGGCACUCGAAAGGUCAUAUUGGCCACCAACGUCGCAGAAACCAGUUUGACCAUUCCUGGUAUGCGAUUCGUCUUUGACUGCGGACGCUCAAAGGAGAGGAAUUAUGACCGCCUCAGUGGUGUCCAGAGUUAUGAGAUUGGCUGGAUUAGCAAAGCCAGCGCUAGCCAGCGGUCUGGUCGUGCUGGACGUACGGGACCUGGUCAUUGUUAUCGACUCUAUUCAUCGGCGGUCUAUGAGAGAGACUUCCAAGAGUUUUCAGAUCCCGAAUUACUCCGGACACCCAUCGAAGGCAUUGUGCUAAAACUCAAAGCCAUGAACUUGCAGAACGUCGUCAAUUUCCCCUUCCCAACUCCUCCUGACCGACAGAUGCUCGCCAGAGCUGAAAAGCUACUCACAUAUCUUUCCGCCAUCUCCCCUAGCGGACAAGUUACCAAGGUUGGAACGACAAUGUCCAUGUUCCCCUUGUCACCUCGCUUUGCGAGAAUUCUGCUUGUGGGACAUCUCCACAACUGCCUGCCCUACACUAUUGCCCUGGUAGCUGGAUUAUCCGCGGCGGAAGUCUACCUCUCGGAGGCUCAGGCAAUUCCAGCUCUGGCUGCUAAAGACGACACCGAGAUCCGUACCGCGGAGGAUGUUAUCGCCGAGGAUCGCCAAGCCAAUGCCCGACGACUGUUCAACCAAGUUCAGAAGAAUUUCUGUUUCUUGGAUGAUAAGUCUGAUGCCAUCAAAUUGCUGCAGGUGGUGGGCGAAUAUGCGCAUGAGCCGACUGAAAAGUGGUGCGAGGCUCAUUUCGUCCGCUUCAAGGUCCUCAAGGAGAUUCAACAGCUGCGGAAACAAAUUACAGACCUGCUGCGCACAAACAUCCCUUCAUUCGCGGCGCUCAAGUACCAGGAAAAGCUGGAUCCCCCGUCGCCAAAACAAGUCAGCGCCUUGAAGCAAAUGACUGCAGCUGGCUUCUUGGACCAAGUCGCCAUCCGCGCUGAUCUGGCGCCCAACCCGCCCGAGCAGUUCAGAAAGCCUCGCCGAGCCAUCGACGUGCCGUAUGUUCCUCUUAUCCCUCUACACAGACCAGGCAGCGGCGAAGAUCCAUGCGUUUACAUUCACCCCACCUCUUCUCUCGCACACGUCAGCAUCCAGGAAUGCCCCGAGUACAUCGUCUACGCCUAUCUCCAGCGAGCCACACCUUCUGGCGCACUUGAUUCGGAAAAGAAGCCCAAGACGAGAAUGCAUGCUCUUACGGACGUGACGGGAGGGCAAUUAGCCGGACUGGCAAAGGGCACGCCGCUGAUUAGUUACGGAAAGCCAAUCAAGGAGGUGAAGGCGCAGUCGUUGGGAGCGGAUGGUGCCAUGACGAGAGAAUGCUGGGUUGUCCCGUAUUUGAGAGCGGAGAAUACUUCAGGACAGGGAUGGCCUCUGCCGGCGCAGAAGGUGAAGCAGAAGAAAUUGGCGGGCAAGGGAUGGGUUGUUGAGUAA